CGCGCGGCGCGGGAGCCGAGAGGGCAUGACGACGCCUAUUUGGACUUGGGACGCACACCGCGGCGCAACCACCCGCUCCGCUCCGGAACCCUCGGCUCCACGCUAAAACCUCCCUUUCUCCUUUUGGCUUCUUCUCGGCCUUCGCCCCCUCGCGCACGGCACCGGCCGGCACGGCGCGGCCGCCCCCUGGCCUCCCCGCGUGUCAGUGCCAGCGUGCGCUAUGCACGCGACGGCCGCGCGGCAUAUGCACCCAUGGAGGCGUGGACAGCGGCAUCGACAGCCGACGAUGCCGCCGCGCAGCAGGGCGAGGCUGCCGUGGCUCCGCGACGCGGCGCUCCUCUCCGCCGGCGCCGCGGUGGGCGCCGUGCUGCUGCUCACGCUCGCCUCGCCCUUCUCGUCCUCGGCGUCGCCUCCGUCCGCCGCGGGGGACGGUAAGGUCGGCCGGCUCGGCGGCGGACGGACGUUCUACGACGAUCCGAAGGUGGGGUACACCAUGGACCGGCCCAUCGCAGGGUGGGACGAGAAGCGCGCGGAGUGGCUCCGCGCGCACCCGGAGCUGGCGGGAGGCGGCGAGCGCGUCCUGAUGGUGUCCGGGUCGCAGCCGGAGCCGUGCGGGUCGCCGGUGGGAGACAGCCUGCUGACGAGGCUCCUGAAGAACAAGGCGGAUUACUGCCGGCUCAACGGCGUCCAGCUGCUGUACAACACGGCGCUUCUCCGGCCGUCGAUGGACCGGUACUGGGCGAAGAUCCCGGUGGUCCGGGCGGCGAUGGUCGCCCACCCGGAGGCGGAGUGGGUGUGGUGGGUGGACUCCGACGCCGUGCUCACCGACAUGGACUUCCGCCUCCCGCUGAGCCGGUACAGAGAACACAACUUCGUCGCCCACGGCUGGCCGCACCUCGUGUACGAGUCCAGGUCGUGGACCAGCCUCAACGCCGGCGUGUUCCUCAUCCGCAACUGCCAGUGGUCGCUCGACUUCAUGGCCGCGUGGGCCGCCAUGGGGCCGGACUCGCCGGAGUACGAGCGGUGGGGCGCCGUGCUCACCUCCACCUUCAAGGACAAGGUGUUCAAGGAGUCCGACGACCAGUCGGCGCUCGUAUACAUGCUGCUACAGAGCGGCAGCCGGUGGCGGGAGAAGGUGUUCCUGGAGAGCGGCUACUACUUCGAGGGCUACUGGCUGGAGAUCGCCGGGCGUCUGGGCAACAUCACGGAGCGGUACGAGGCGAUGGAGCGGGCGGUGCCGCCGCUGCGGAGGCGGCACGCGGAGGCGGAGCACGCGGCGUACGCUGCGGCGAGGAACGCGGCGCUGGCCGGCGCCGGGCUGGCGGAGAGCGGGGUGAGCGGGUGGCGGCGGCCGUUCAUAACGCACUUCACCGGGUGCCAGCCGUGCAGCGGCCACCGGAACGAGCACUACACCGGGAAGAGCUGCGACGACGGCAUCCGCCGCGCGCUCAACUUCGCCGACGACCAGGUGCUCAGGGCGUACGGCUUCCGGCACGCCGGCCCGCUCAGCGACGACGUGCGCCCUCUGCCGUUCGACCACCCUGCCGCGACGACGACGAGGCAGCCGCAGACGGCGUGAAAGCGAAGUACGUGGCUCGCUCGCUCAUGAACGGACGAAACCGUCAAAAGCUUUUACUGUGAAACCGUGCAUACAGCAAAGCUCUUGCUGGUAUGCGUGGUGUUUUUUCGAGGUUGAUUGCUACAGCGGUGAGAUUAAUUUGUUUUUGUUUGGUUCUUGUGGUGUUUUUUCGAGGUUGAUUGCUACAGCGGUGAGAUUAAUUUGUUUUUGUUUGGUUCUUUUGUUGAUACUACUAUACUCGGUACUCCGUAGUCCGUACUACAACCGACGGGUCUACAUGAUGAUUGAUUGCAUUGAUCUUAAAUGAGUGAAGAAAGUCUCUCCCAUUGGCACCGACAAAGAUGUUUUAAGCAUCUGUCGCUCCACGCCUCCACCCAGGCGUUCAA